GGCACCUUUAAGAUUCCUCGGCACACGCAUAAGAAACUCCUCCCCGUACAGCGACCACAGUAUAAUCUAAGCUAUGAGGGAGAGGGAGAGGGAGAGAGCAGAGGCAUGGCAUCUUCCCUGGCAUCUGAUUGAGUUCCAUCCCCUCUGGGACAAACUUGCCGCGCGAUGUCAACGCACACGCUCGUUUUUUUUUUUAAUCCCCCCACGUAGCCAUCACCAAUACGGCCAUCGACCGCCUGCCUCGCGCCCAACAAAGCCAAGAAAAGAGCACAUCAUGGGGCCUGUGUAGCAAGCCGCUGGUCUGGUCAGUCCUCCUCUCGAUCAUCAAAGCUGCCGGCCGGCCGGGCUCGACGUACUUUUACUCUGCUGCCGCUGCGAUGCCUCCGAUUCGGGUGCUGACGGCGCUGGACCAGGCGCGGAUGCAGUACUACCACUUCAAAGCCAUCGUCAUCGCCGGCAUGGGGCUCUUCACCGACUCCUACGACCUCUUCUGCAUCUCACCCGUCAUGAAGCUCAUCGGCCGGGUAUACUACGCGCCCAGAGACCACAGCGGCGGUCCCGGGGUCACGCCGCCGGCCGUGGUGUCGGCGACCGUCGGCGUCGCGCUGCUGGGCGCCGUGGCCGGGAACCUCGUGUUCGGCACGUUGGGCGACCGCGUGGGGCGGCGGCGCGUGUACGGGGUGUGCCUGCUGCUCAUGGUGUGCAGCUCCGUGGGCAGCGGCUUCUCCGUCUGCCGCACGCGCGGGUGCGCGCUCGCCAGCCUCUGCUUCUUCCGCUUCCUCCUGGGCGUCGGCAUCGGCGGGGACUACCCGCUGUCGGCCACCAUCAUGUCUGAGUUCGCCAACAAGCGGACACGGGGCGCGUUCAUCUCCGCCGUGUUCUCCAUGCAGGGGUUCGGGAUCCUGGCGAGCUCCGGGGCCACCAUGGCCGUCGCCGCGGCCUUCGAGCGGUACACAGGCCGCCGCGAGCCGCUCGACACGCCAGAGUCUGCUGACCUCGCCUGGCGGAUCAUACUCAUGAUCGGCGCCGUCCCCGCCGCGAUCACCUUCUACUGGAGGAUGGCCAUGCCCGAGACGGCCAGGUUUACGGCGCUGGUCGAGCACGACGUGGUGAAGGCGACCAACGACAUCGGCCGCGUCCUCACCGACCUCGACCUGGUCGCCAUCGCCGAGGAGGAGGCGACCGCCUUGCGCCGCACAACUCCUCCGGCGCAGUUCGGGCUCACGACGUCGUCGUACAGCAUCUUCUCGCGGCGCUUCCUGCGACGGCACGGCCGGGACCUCUUCGCGUGCGCGUCGGCGUGGUUCCUGCUCGACAUCCCCUACUACAGCAGCACGCUGUUCCAGUCGCAGAUCUACCGGCCCUGGUUCCCUCCCGCGAACCGCGUGAACGCGUUCCAGGAGGCGUUCAACGUGGCCAAGUUCCAAGCCAUCAUCGCCGUGGCGUCCACCAUCCCGGGCUACUUCGCCGCCAUGCUCCUCAUCGAUCGAGUGGGGCGGCGCAGGCUGCAGAUGGCCGGGUUCCUCCUCAUGGCCGUCUUCCUCUUCGCGCUCGCCGGGCCAUACGACCGCUACUGGCGCGGCCACGCCACGGACGCCUGGUACAUCGUGCUCUACGCGCUCACCUUCUUCUCCGCAAACCUGGGGCCCAACACCACCACCUUCAUCCUGCCCGCCGAGCUCUUCCCGGCGCGGUUCCGGUCCAGUUGCCACGGGAUAUCCGGCGCGGCGGGGAAGCUCGGUGCGGUCAUCGGCGCCAUCGGGUUCCUGUGGGCAUCGCAGGAGAGGGACAAGAGCGAGGUGCAGGCCGGAUACAGGCCCGGAAUCGGCAUGAUGUACGCGCUGGUCAUUCUUGGCGGCAUAAGCCUACUCGGGCUCGCCGUCACGUAUGCGUUCACGCGGGAGACGAUGGGGCGGUCGCUGGAGGAGAACGAGAGCGAGCGGGGGCAGAGCCAAGUCGGCGACAACGACGGCGGGCUGCGCCCUCAGGAACUAACGGAGGUGCCCAAGAGCCCUGCGUCCAUGAUGAGCUCGCACGUCAGCACGUCACCUAUCCAUCCACACCGGUUCUCUGUCUGAAAAUGUGGAAAAAUACAUGAUACACAAGAUUAUACUGGUUUCGUAGUGUAUCACAGUAUCUUUUAUUUGUUUACGCGAAUGCAGAUGUACAUUUAAGUUUCAUUGGUUAAAGUUAUAAGAAAGACUUCAGUGUGCCUCA